AUCGAAGCUCGUUGAUUUGACAUUUCUGUCAACUUUCAAAAAAUCAAUCUGACAACACGGUACAAAUGACACACUCUCGCAUUUUGUGAGAAUCAUUCCAGUUUCAAUCUUUACCAGAAAACGUUUUGCACCUCCGUUUCUGUUAGUUCUGUUUUUUGUGUUGGCUGUUUAAUCACACCAAAAAAUGUUCAUUCCGAAGGCAAACCGCAAUGCGAUCUACACGGCCCUGUACAAGGACGGAGUGCUGGUGGCCCGCAAGGACCAUCGCCCGUCGAUGCACUGCGAGCUGAAAACGAUCCCGAACCUGCAGGUCAUAGUGACGCUGAAGUCGCUCAUCUCACGCAAUUACGUCAAGGAAAAGCUCGUCUGGAACACUUACUACUGGACGCUGACCAACGAGGGCAUUAUCUAUCUGCGCGACUGUCUGCACUUUCCUCUCGAGGUGGUCCCUGCGACACUGAUCCGGCGUGAGCGGGCUGUACGGGAUAGCACCAACUGCAAGGCAGUACGCCAAGAAGGCUUCGUACAGCGUCGGGACUCCGAAGGGCGUGAGAUGUACCGCCGGCAGCCGAAUCGUUACGUGGACAAGCGUGGCGACGUUGGAUCCGGUACCGGGGAGUUGCAGUUCCGCGGAGGAUUUGGUCGUGGCAACCAGUACGAUUAGGACGGCAAUGUCGUCUUGUGGAACGCUCAUAACGCAUGUGAAAUUCUUCGAAACAACUGCAUCGCAGGUGCACUUCCGAAGAAGAAAUAAAAGCAAGGUGCUCUAGGAUUUCACAACAUAACCCCAAAAAGAUGUUCGAGUUUUGAAUGGAAUGCAUCAACGGUCGACUGGUGAAGAUUUAUCGACAUUCUAACCUUCAAAACAAGUAGCUCAACGAACCAGUCCGCUGGCAAUGCAUGUGAAGGGUAACAAAUCUUCACCCAUCAAGUAAAGAUUAUCGGAUGUCGCCAGAAUUGAAACCGGCUGAGCGUGUGUGUUGGCGUACAGGCGUGCAGGUAAGUGGAAACAUGGUUGGGCUAAGAAACUGGUGCCAAAAUGGCGCUGUAAACUGAUCUGUAGGAUGUUACUGGGCAUGGUGCCAUAACAGACGAAUGAAAUAUGAAACACGCCACGUUUCGUUACAUCUCAAAUGUAUACGUUCACUACAUCGCUUCUUAUCAGCGUCUUAUGGCGCCCAAUGAUGCCACCUGCAGCGAUACUGGCCUGAUCUAAUGUCUUCUCUUUGUAGCAAUGCUCUGAGCAAUAAAUUUGAGUGGGACAAGCGUAUACACGGGCGGCAAGAUAACAUUACGAACAUCUUCAACCCCUAUGAUGAGCCUCCUGGUAGUGGUAGUGAUGUCUGUGCACCAACGCGCCAGCCGGUUUUUAGCGCUAAUUAUAAAUAACGCUAUCGCAGGCCGGCAUCAAACAUCGGCCCACGACCACCUGAACGUGUGAAUUGACUUCCUAUUUUGCUAGGAGCUUAGUAUUUUCUUCUCUUUUCCCCGUUUUGUGCGUUGCCUGGCUCUCACUUGUUCGUCUGGCAGCGCGAUGUCGACUCUGCGCGUUGCGCGACGAAACGCUGUCCUUAGAGUCCGUCAGUGGUGGAUGUACUGAGCGAGCACACAAAGCGUCGUGUACACCCUCAAAAUACAAAACCACUGUCUGCCGCCAUUUCCCUUUCACCCAUCUAACGCGCUGCCGUCGCAACCCGUCGUCGUCCUCACCACGAGUGCGAUCGCGACAUUGUCGCCAAAGGAGCGCAGUAGUGUGCGCAAGGCAAAUUUCGGUUUAAAUUAAAAUACCAUGUUCUAGAUUCUAUAAAUUGUUGGCAAAUGGGCGAGUGUAGCAAAAGUUAGUGUGUGCGGGCUGAUCCGAGGCUGCCUGUUUACUCGGAGAUCGGUAGUGCCUGCGCGCAAAAAAAAAAAAAAAAAAAAAAAAAAAAAUAGAGGGACGAAGAAGGUGGUACGCACGACAUUCGAUGUAUGUGCCGGUCGUCAUGUCACGAAGGGGUUUUUGCUCUGGUUGCGGGAAAGGUAGUCGAUGCUUCGAUUCGUUUUUUUUUCUACUGAGAUUGGGUGGAUCUGAUGCGCUAGAGUUAGUUUGGUGGAUAGACCAACGGUUCUUUGAGUUCAAAAAUGUUUGUCCCAAAAAGAUUGUUGCUUGUGUAGUCUUGCAACCACUGUUCAAUUCGACUCGGAAGAUGUAAAUCGAAAUGGGAUUCACAUAGGUAAAUUAUUGUUUUAAAGUCGUAACAUGAUAGAAAAGUAACAUAAUUC